AGCUGAAAACAAAUUUGGGUAUCAAUUCAUUAGAUUCAAUAACCAGACCUAAUAAAAAUGUUACUGCAGGAUUGCCUUUGUCGCCUUUGGAAUCGAUCUUGAACAAAGCUCAGUCGACACUUGAUCGGGCCAUUUCACAAGAUCAGCAAAAGAAUGAUCAGGAGGCAUUGGAUUUAUACAUCGAGGCUGUAGAAUUGUUCAUAAAAGCAAGAAAUGAAACGCAGGAUGAAUCAUUUAAAUCAGGGUUGAACAUCAAGAUCAAGCAAUUGCUUGAACGCGCUGAAGACUUGAAAGGGCUUCCAGCCAAGCCAAGGCAAACAUUACCCGUACAGUCAGCUAGUCCUAGAAAAUUGCCUACAUUUCCGUCAUCGCAUUCAAAACUUACCACUAAAGAAAUAGAGGUCCUCAAGAAUUCUUCAUAUAUUAACGAUAAACUUUUUCUGCCAUGGUUGGAAAUUGAUCUACAAGAAAAGUUUGAAUAUGACGAACCUUUCAUAGACCCGGACGGGACGCUGCCCCUAUCCAAUUAUCAAAAGGUCAAUUUCGAUUCUUGGAAACGCCCCUCUGAAUUUAUGGAUAACCCAAAGAUGAUUGCAAUGAUAUCUAGCGAAACCAUUCGACAGGAAGUUGUGACUGAUUGCACAUUUGUUUCUUCACUUUGCGUCUGUGCAGCGUACGAACGAAGAUUCAAAAAACAGUUGAUCACAGAAUGUAUUUAUCCGAAAAAUGAGUAUGGAUAUCCGACAUAUAAUCCCAGUGGAAAGUAUAUGGUCAAACUUACGUGCAACGGAAUUGCUAGAAAAGUAGUGGUUGACGACCUACUUCCUAUUUCGCGUGAUGGAACCCUGAUGUGUGCGUUUUCGUCUAACAAGAAUGAACUGUGGCCAUCUAUAAUUGAAAAGGCUUAUCUGAAAUUAAUGGGUGGAUACGAUUUUCCAGGAUCAAAUUCCAGCAUCGACCUCCACGCGCUCACUGGAUGGAUUCCUGAACGUAUAUUAAUAGAUGAUGAAAAAUUUGAUAAAGAUGUGACAUGGAAACGUUUAUUGGAUGGACAAGAAUACGGUGAUGUUCUGAUAACAAUAUCAACUGGCGACACGAACGAAAGUGAAUCCAAUGCUAUUGGACUUUUUCCACUCCAUGCAUACGCCGUGUUAGACGUCCAGGAAGUGAACGGAUUACGAUUAUUACGGGCUAAAAAUCCAUGGAGCCAUAUGAGAUGGACUGGUCCCUUCAGCCACCUGGAUGAGUCCAGUUGGACACCCGAACUAAUCCGCAAAUUGAAGUAUGAUCGUGAGAAAGCGAUUCUGGAGGAUGAUGCCUAUAAACCACAAUAUCGUCUAGAGGUCAAAAAUGAUGAUAGCAAGCCUUCGGCGGUUCGACUGUUGCUAUCCAGGCACAUUGCCUUUACAGAAGAGAAUAAAGAUUUUAUCACACUCUAUGUAUAUGACGAGACGAAUGGUGAAAGAGUUUAUUGUUUUGGAAAACCCUGGAAAAUGGGGUCAUUUGUAGACAGUCCUCAUGUCUUGAUUCGUUUUAAUGCGCCACUGGGGAGGAGCGUCUAUACCGUGGUAGUGGAUCAGCACGAGAAAAAGAAAUCACUGGAAUUUUCUCUCAAAUCUUACUGCAUGUCACCUGUUGCUAUGUCAGAAAUUCCCUCGAAAUAUCCAAUUGAAUUUCAAACAUCUGGUAAAUGGAUUAAAUUAACGGCCGGAGGAAAUUCAGGUUAUGUUUCCUACUUAAACAAUCCACAAUAUUGUCUGUCAUUACCAACAUCCACCAACUUAUCAUCGGGCAAAGCACGUGUGCUACUCAUGCUUGAAGGGCCGCGAACGUUUAAAAUAAAUGUUACAUUGGUUUGGAGUAAAGGCAAAAGAGUUACAAGCGUGACACCUAAAGACAUCGUAGUUCGAUCUUGUGGAUAUCAGUAUGGAUUUUGUUACUGCGAGAUUGAAGAUAUACGAUUGGGUGAUUAUACGAUAGUAGUGUCCACAUUUGAGCCUGACAAGCUUGGCGAUUACAAAUUGACUGUGGCCUCAAAUAUCGAAUUCAAAAUGACUCCUAUACCACUAGAAGGCGCGGGUCUGUUUAAAAAGACGAUUCAGGGAAGAUGGAUUUCGGGGUUGAAUGCCAUGGGUUGCAUCAACAACCCAGAAUAUAAACAUAACCCCAGUUAUCACCUGGAGAUUAAAGAAAUGACUACGAUAAAGAUUCGACUGCAAACACCGAAGAUAAAACCUCUACCAAUGGUCAACAUUGGGAUAUUUGAAAAGCAUCCAACCAAACUUUUGGGCAGAGAAGUUGGAAGUUCCGGAGUUUAUACAAAUUAUCCACAAGGUGUACUUAUGGAUGACGUGUUAUUGCAACCUCAUCAUGACGGCUACAUUGUGGUAUUCUCAACAUGGGAGAAAGACAUAUCAGGGGAAUUCGACGCAUAUUUAUAUAGUGACAGGAAUAUUGUGCCGGUUGAAAACAACCUGUGA